GCAGCACACAACAGACAGAGCGACAUCAGAGCCAGCUUUCAUAACGCAGCAGACCACAGACUCUCAGCACACACAAAGAUGAAGAUGCCACAGCUUCUCAUCCUCCUCUUGACCAUUUUGGUGCAUGUCGCAGCAGGUUUCCCCACUGACAGAAGAGCUCUGCCAGGCCAGGACAAGCACGCCUCCUGGGACGACGUGAACGUGGUGGCUCAUGGCCUCCUGCAGCUGGGCCAGGGUCUGAAGGAGCACGUGGACAAGACCAAAGCUCAGAUGAGAGACAUCAACGGCAAACUCAAAGCUUUCAACAGCACGAUGGCCGAGCUGGAGAAGAAGCAGCAGGAGCAAAAUGAAGCUCUCAUGGCCAGAGGAGGAGAGGUGGAGGGGAAGGAGAAGAUGGCUGCAGAGCUGGCUGAGGAGGUGAGGGUGAAGGUGGAGGAGGUGAAGAAGCAGAGCGAGGACAUCAGCUCCCGGAUGGACAGACUGGAGGAGAAGGUGGAUGAAGUGCUUACAGGACCGAAACUGGACAGCAACUACAGCGAUCACUCAGGAAUCCCAUUUAUCCAGAGGCUGGUGGCAGCUCAGAACAGACGAAUUGACCAGCUGGUGGAGAAAAUCAAGCAGCAACAAAGCAAACUGGAGAAGCAGAGUCUGCACCUGCAAACGCUGCAGAGCAAGGUUUCACAUAAGAGAGUGAAAUCACACAGACGGAGAGAUGAAGAGAGGGCACUGAGAGGAGAGGCGGAGGAGAGCAAAGGCACAUCAGGUUUGGCCAGAGAUUGUCAUGAUCUGUUUGUGCGAGGGCAGCGAGCCAGCGGCAUCUACACAAUCCAACCCGAGAACUCCCAGCCCUUCAGUGUCCUCUGUGAAAUGACUUCAGAAGGUGGAUGGACGAUCAUCCAGAAACGUCAAGAUGGAUCUCAGAACUUCAACCAGCUGUGGGAGAGCUAUAAGAAAGGCUUUGGCAGCCUGAAUGGUGAGUUUUGGCUGGGCUUGGAGAACAUCCACUCCCUCUCCAAACAGGGCCAGUAUGUCCUGCAGGUGGAGCUCUCUGAUUGGGCGGGAGAGCAGCACAUGGCUCAUUAUCGAUUCCUACUUGACGGAGAGGAGAAGUUGUUCGCUCUCCACCUGGAGCAGGAGACAUCAUCUGGGGCUGAGGAAGAAAUCAUGACCACCGCAGCUUCUGGUCGUCCCUUCUCCACAGCCGACAGAGACAACGACCUCACUGCAGACAUCAACUGUGCUGAGCUGCUCACAGGUGGUUGGUGGUUCAGUAGCUGUGGUGAGUCAAACCUCAACGGCAGAUAUCCCAGAAGGCAGAGCCCGCUCAGGAGACAGAAGUCCAGAAGACAAGCAAUGUUUUGGACGUCCUUAAAGGGACAAAACAAUUCUCUGAAGACAACUCUUCUGAAGAUCGCACCCGUCACAAUAAAGCAAUGAGCUGCUCAGUCCGUCUCAAAAAAGUUCAUCAGGAAAAAACCAAAGAAAACUAAUGUUUUAUAACUUAAAUGUUGAACUACAUCAACAAACUCUCCUGAUGCUUAUUUAUUUCUAUGCUAUGCCAUAUGACAACUAUUGUCUCAGUCAUAUUGACAGUUGUAAAGUUUUUGCCUUUAUAAGGGUUUUAUGUCUUAUUUUGUAAUAUCUGUUGUAUGUGUUUUAAUUGCUUUGUACUUAAAUAGUGUAUAAUUUCUUACUGCCAACAUUUAUACACUUUAAACAUUUUUUAUUUCAUUUGUAUGAAGUGGAUGAAAACAAAGUUUUUAAACUUUAAAUAAUAAACUCAACACAACUAACUGAAA